UACAUCGCAGAUUUGUUUGACUACUUUGCGAAAGGCGCUGUUUUUUAUAGUUUUAGGUUUUGACAAUUGUAUUUAAUGGUUUAUUGAAAACAUAAACAAUUGUACGCUUAAUAUAAAGCAUUAAAAAUAAUCCCGUAUUGGUCUAAUUAAAAAACCAAGAUGACCAAUCUUGAUGUGAGCAAUAGCAGUACUGAUAGCAGUUCUGGCUCAACAUCUGAUUCUAGUACUAGUGGCACUUCAUCUACCAGUUCAGGAUCAGGAUCCAGUAGUUCUGACUCAGAAUCAUCCACUUCUGAUACUCCAGCAGUUGCAACUGCUGCUGCUCCUACUUCCACUCCUGCUCCCGUUUCUGCACCUACACCUGCUCCUGCUCCUAAGUCUCCCAAACCUGCACCAGUUGAGGAACCGAAAGUCGUUGAAGAGGCGAAACCAAGACACUCAUCAAAACCUAAAAUAUCAUCAUCAAGUGACGACGAACCGCCAAAACCAGCUACACCAAAACCUGUUCCUCCAAGAAGAAGAUCAACAAAACCCAAAAAUGCUGCUGUAGUUCUAGCAAAAGCCAAACAGAUGCAACCAAGAGUAGCCACUGGGGCUAAAUCUAAAGCAAUUUGUAAAACAAUACCUAAAACACCUAAACCUGAUGCCAACACAUUAAAAAAGAAGAGUAUUUUCUCACCUGACAAUAGUUCCGAAUCAGAUUCAGAGAGUAAGGAAAGUAAAACCUCAAAAGCCAGUCCCAAAACUUCACCUCGUAAUAAGAAACCAUCUAGGAAGUCCAGUGAAGAGAAAGAUGCACCAUCAUCACCUUUGACACCAGUGCAAAAUGAGGAUUCAAAUUCAAAUUCGAAUUCUAAAGACAACACAAAACGAAGAGCUAGUAGGUCAAAUGGUCCCCCACCAAAAAAAACUGUGGAGGUAAAGAGUGCAUCCUCAUGUUCUUCAAGUCAAUCCUCCGUAGAAUCAGUUUCAUCGGAGAGUGACAGUGAAUCAAAUAAAAAAGGCAAUUUGAAAUCAGGGAAAGUAAAAUCACCUUCCAAUGCUAGUACUAAGCAAGAACCGACCGGUAAAAGUGGAGAUUCCUGUGACUCAAUAACAGGGACAAUGCCUCGAAAACUGACACGAUCGUUAUCCGCGCGUGUAUCGCGAAUGGCUAAUGCGUCUAAACCAACAAACACCGAUACAGACUCAGAAGCCGAUGACAAAAGUAAUGAAAAGAGCAAAGACGACAUAAGGUUAGCCAAAGCACGGGCGGCUAUCACCCGAUCGCCGGCUCUGCCCCCCAACCCCAUCACGCCUUCCGAACGAAGGUGUCCCGUACGAGAUUGCGACUCCUCCGGACAUCUCGGCGGCAAGGCGGCCAAGCACUUCACGUGGGACGCGUGCCCCGUGUACCACAACGUGACGGCGGCGUGGUGCGUGGCGGCGGCCGAGGAGCGCGCCGCCGCCGCCGCCACGCGCCGCCGCGCGCUGGCCGCGCUGCAGCAGCGCCCGCGCGCCAUGCCCACCAUCGAGCAGCGCGCCUACCAGCUCAAGGUCAAGGAUAUGCGGUCGAAAUGGAAAGGCAGUCAAGAGCUUCGAUCGAUGCCUACCAACGAAGACCUAGGAGAAGAGAGGGAGCCCGUGCUAGAAGGAUUCGCACCCGACUACGACCUACGACUGUUCAGGGAUGCACAGGCCCUCGCCGCGGUCAAGAUCGAAGAGGAACUAGGGGACAUAUCGACGGAUAAGGGGACAAGAUACGUGGUGAUGGGCAAGUACAUGAUGGAGGUGUGGUACCAGUCGCCCUACCCGGGGGACGCGGCGCGCGUGCCGCGGCUGUUCGUGUGCGAGUUCUGUCUGAACCAUCACAAGUGCGCCGUGGGCGCCGCCCGCCACCGCGCCAAGUGCGUGUGGAGACACCCGCCCGGGGACGAGGUGUACAGGAAGGAUAACCUGAGCGUGUGGCAAGUGGACGGUCGGAAGCACAAGCAGUACUGCCAGCAGCUCUGCCUGCUCGCGAAGUUCUUCCUCGACCACAAGACCCUGUACUACGACGUGGAACCCUUCCUCUUCUACGUGAUGACGUGUGCCGAUGAGGAAGGAUGCCAUAUUGUCGGAUACUUCAGCAAGGAAAAGAACUCGUUCCUUAACUACAACGUGUCGUGCAUACUCACACUUCCGCCGUAUCAGAGACAGGGAUACGGGCGACUGCUUAUCGACUUCAGUUAUCUCCUCACGAAAGUCGAGGGUAAGGUUGGGUCGCCAGAAACGCCACUGUCGGAUCUCGGUCUUAUUUCGUACCGAUCGUACUGGAAGGAGGCACUGCUGAAGCGAUUGUGCUCAGCGCCGGGCUCCACGCUCUGCAUACGAGAUCUGAGCAAGGAUUUGGCGAUCGCGUCAUCGGAUAUCGUCUCGACGUUGCAAGAGAGAGGAUUGAUGAAAUAUUGGAAGGGGAAACAUAUCGUGUUGAAGAAACAGGAGGUGCUGGAGGAGGCGACGCGGCGAGCGGGGCGCGCGCGCUGCGUGGACCCGGCGUGCCUGCGCUGGUGGCCGGGCGGCGCGGCCCGCUGACGCCGCGCCCCGCGCGCGCCCCGCGCCCGCCGCGCCCGCGCCCGCCGCGCCCGCCCGCCCGCCGCCUCGGCGCGCUCGCUCUAGCCGAGAGACGGGUCCCCGGCCGUCUGGUUGGCGUUCACUCACACUGGCGACGUGUACUGGACCGACUAUUUCCGUACUUGAAAUGUUUUGAUGGCAUUCGAAACAUUUCGCGCAGAUCGCAAAUAAGCCAAUGUUUGGAAGAAGAGAAAAUCGAUGCAUGGUAUGUAAAUAAAGAACGAUGGAAUUGGCCGACGGUGGUCGAAUUUUAUUUGGAAGAUUCUGCGCAAAGUUCAGCUCUUGAACUGUUGGGUCUGGAAGUGACAAGUGCAUGUGUGGGCUAUAAAGCGAUCGGGGAUUUAGGGCGUUGGCAGAUCAAACUGUUUAACAGUCUUAGUGUAAUAGUAAAUGAUAAUUGGGCGCCAACAUUGGCCAUAUGGUGAUAAUGGCCAUGACACCAUAGCAAGGUGUUUUGCGAAGACGAUAUCAAAUCAUUUAGUAUAGUAUAGUAAAGUGUAUUAUAGGAUUUAAAUUAUAGUAUAGAAAAGAGUUUUGAUAAUUGAAGUUAGAUUUUUUUUGUAAAUACAGAUUAUUUAUUUUAAUUAAUAAUCACUUCAUUUAAUGUUUAAUAGAUUUAUUUUAAAAGGAAAUUUCGUUUAUAAUAAUAGACUUAUUAAGGUGUAAAUAGUAAAUGUGACAUUUUCAAAUUGACUAAUAAGAAAAAGAACCCUAUUUUCUCCGUCAAUAAUGAGUUAGAGUUAGUCUUAUUAAUAAACGCCUUGAAAACCUUAAAACGUAGAUCUAAACCAUAGGUCGAGUGCUUAAACCCGCGCAAGCACUACUGAGCUCUUCUUCAUGUGCUCAAUUUGAGCUUAGAAUUUAUCUCGUGCUCGGUAGUGACGCGAAAAAAUCAUGACGUAUAUUAAUAACAGCUAACAGGAUAAGUAUUAUUAAUUCAACCCUAAAUGUAAUAAUGUUAGUUAUAAUAAAAUAUAAAAACCCUUCGUGUUCUGAUAUUAAAAUUAUCUAUUUAUAAGAUAGCUAAGAGAGUUGCUGUCGUUUAUAUCUUUGAAUAGAAUAGAUAGAGACCGUGUCAAAAUAAGGUAUGUUGUAAAUGUUAUUUGUUAUACACAUAUAUAGUUUUAUAUAAAUGUGUUGUGUUUUGAAAAUAUUGUCUUUAUGAAUUGUAUGAAGGCAGCUCGUAACAUGUAAAUGGAUUUGGUUAUUAGUCUUUAUAAAUAAUGCAACUCGAGUACGAUUCUCUAUGUGUCCCGAGUGACUCAAAUCGAUUUGACUCGGUAAUACUCGGUAACUGCAAUGACAGCUGGAAUAAAAAUUGUAAAAAUACAAUAACGGUUUGUUUUAGAUUUAAAUUGCUGUCAUAUAUUCGAGUCAUUCGAUUAUAACAACUCGAGUUGUAUCGAUAUCUCAUAGCGGUGGAAAAUACUUAAGUAAAUGUAGUUUAUGAAAUAAUUGUAAGUAUAUUAUAAUAAAUUAUAAUAUGUAGAUAAAAUUUAUGAAAUUGUAUGAAUGAGUUUUUAUAGUACUUUACGAGUUCUGAUAUUAGAACUUUUUUUUAUUUAUAAC